AACCGGCCUUCUCAAAGCAUCAUUCACCCUGUGAGSACUGAAGGGACCUCCAAGGCUCCUCCCAGCAUGUUCAGUGAAAAGAGCAGCGCCUCUUUGUCCCAAAAACCACCCCAGAAAAAGACGCGACCCCAGGGCCUGCCCUCCCCUGCUCUGUGCUGCGCCUGCGGACUGUGCAUCAUGCUGGCAGGGAUCAACAUCACUUUAGUGGGAGCAUUUGCCUUUGGRACCUUCCUCCCUGUCAACAACCCUCCCAUCAUCAUCGGGCCCAUCUUGCUGGUGGUGGCYUUCACCUUUUUCGGUGCCUGCUGCAUCUGCAGCCGGAGACCCCCGGCCCACGGGGCUCGGAAAUCCAAACCGGGUUCCAACAUGGGGCUCAUCAAACCCGGCCACACAGCCUUUGAGAUUGAAACCAGUGAGCACACAGUGCAGGACACCACUGCUGUCCAGCUGAGCCCCACCAACUCCCCCAUCUCCUCCAAAAAGUCCACGCCCGUCCAUGAGAACGCCAAGGCUUGCAAACUCUUCACCAUGGAAGGCAAUGGGCCAGUGGCCAAAUACACCACAGGAGGAGAGGCCAUACAGCUCAACCUGCCCAGGGACCUGGCCACAUCCUAAACCCGGGCAAAGCUUCUGUCAGCAGCCAGCCAGAUGCUGUAAUGGGUGGGCUGGAUGUGAACCAUCAGUCAGAAGUGUGCAGAAAGUGCUUGUGAAAAGCCAGCAGACAGUCAGGUCUCUCUGAACCACUUUAAGGGAGAUGGAUGCAACAGCAGGGGAAAAAAAAAUCAUCCGGAUUUUUUGCUGAAACAUGCCCAUUAUAUGGUUUUAAAAAGAAAAUUGAUAAUGAUGCUGCUGUGAAAAGAUGACCYUCCAUUUCCUGGAAAUACACUGCCAUUUUUGGGGAAGAGAUAGGAAGAGGGGAAUGAAUUAAUUUGCCUGACAUAAUGUGGAAUUGUGACAGUUGGAAGGAGAGGCUACAUGGGACUGACAAAUGACAGCUCUUUCUUCUCAGAAGUGAAGCAAUUCUUGGACAUAAAAGAAGCAGGAAUGCAGUAAAUUACAGUUUGCUGCCACUCAGUCACAAGAAGAUUUCAGCAUUUUUAGUGCCAGACUUUUUGGCAGUGAGGACAAAGCUAUGUGUUUGCUGCUGAAAAAGCAGUGUGAAACCAUCUCCCUCUGCUGAAAAUUCUUGCCCCAUCUUGCCUUUAUUCAGGUGAUUUUGCUGCCCUUUCUAAGAGAAGGAACCACAAGGAUCACAAUUAGGACCUGUAUUUUUUUUCAUGUUAAUGGGUUUGAGCUGCAGCUGUGCUGUACAAAUCUUGGAUCAGUCAGGCUGAAUCCUUGGGGUAACCAGAGACCAACAGGAGCYUGCAAAUGGAAUUUUUGGGCAAUGAUUACAUACUGUGGGUACGCAGCAGCAGGAGAAUGGAUUUCCAGCAGGAAUGGCUGCAUAGGUUCUCUCUUUAUGAUAACUCUGUAUUUGAAACUAAGUUUUUUGGGACUUUGAAUGACUAGGAAGUCAUCUGGACCAUACCRGACCACUACAAUGGCCCAGCUAACCCAGAAUCCCAUUUCUGAAAAAGCCACGAGCAAGGUGUGAAGAAGUGCAUGAAGACAGGGAAAAGCAGGAUGUUCUUGUCCAAAGUGCAUUCCCAGCCUUCAAUGUGCUGCUGCUUAGGAGCUCCCUGAGCUGGAAUUGUGCCUGUGUGCAGUAGCCCUGAMUGGAUCUCUCCUCCAUGAAAUAAUCCAUUCACACCUUGACUGUCAAUUCUCAUCAUUGGUGAUCCUGCAGCAGGGACACCCACAGUUUACAUCCUGAAUCCUAUGAAUUCCCUUUGAAGCCCCAAAUUUCCCAGGUUAGAAGGGUCAGUGAACAGUCCACGCYCUCACCACCACUCAGCAUUUCUGGGUGGUGUUUUCUGUGUCAUUUUCCCUUUGGCCAUCUCUUUCUCRUGGUAUUUUACACCUCCUGCAGCUGAGGGAGGUGAUGCUGCCCAUUCAGCCCAACACCAGCUGCUUGCUUGGCUGAGGGCAGCACAGCCCUGAGGCUUUAUCCAUCAGAAAUGUGUGUGGAAAGAGGUGGGAGGGCUGAAGGGGAAAUACUGGGGGAGAGAGAGGGAUUGUGGCAUGGCCAAGGCACUCRUGGGCCACCAGCUGAACCCUGUGUGGCCAGGCUGUGCCAUGGACCAUGUGUGUGACCAUGGGGGAGCUGGAAACAAAAGCCAAAAAAGUGUUCUACAGGCCAUGCAUGAGUGUCCUGCUUGCCCUGGGGAGCCACUGAUGGCCCCUGCUGAGCUCAGGUGGGAUGAGGCCGAACUGAAAUAAUUCCUUGGUGAAAGGUUGACGAAAUAUUCAGYCUUGACAUGAGUUCUUGAGCACUCCAGCAGUUUGCUGCCUUCAGCUGCUCCCUCUCCACCAAGGAAUUACAUCUGUGAUUUCAGCAGGGCUGCUCUGUGCUGGUUAGGGGGAGAAGAGGCAGGGAGAAGGAUUUUUGUGUGGGCUGGGGCAGAUGUGGGUAGAUCGAGUGUUUGGUACAUCUGGGCAAGUCAUUAAAUGUUGCUGUGAGAGGCCAAACACCUGCUCCCAGCUCCACAGAAAGGAUGAGCAUUGCCAAGGAGCAGGGCUGGUGUGGGCACACCAGAGUAUGGACAUUGCUCCGGGGUGGAUGGGUCGGUACAACCUGAUCCCUGCGUGAUUUCCUGUAGAGCUUGCCUUUUUGGGAGCUCAGCCUCCAGCACUGCCUGCCCUUWGGAAUGCAGGAGCUGCUGUGCUGGGCAAAAGGCUCCAGUGAUUUCUGUCUGCCCAUCAGUGCUGCAGCAAUUAAGCAGAACAGCUUGGUGAUGUGGUUUGGUUCCCAGCUUGCUGGCCUCACCAGAACACAACAGGUAGGAAUUCUUGCAGAGGCAUUUUCCAUGUGAAUAUURUUACUGCAGCACUUCUCUUGGAGCACCUGGAGCCAAAAACUUCGCAAAAUCAAGUUAUAACCACAACAACUCCUUUUUUUKUGUUYG